UCUGGACAUUCAGAAAUUACCUAUAUAAAGUCAGUGUGGAGAUCAUCCAGGCAGACUGACACUUUAGCAGCUCGAUAACCCACUUACAAUAUGCAAUUCCUAGUCGUUCUCACCGUCGCCGUGGCCUGCGUCGCCGCUGACGUGUCCCACAUCGUCAGACCCGACGAAUACGUCCCCAUCGUCAGGUCACUCUACGACAUCAGCCCCGAGGGUAACUCCUACCGUUACUCCUACGAGACCGGCAAUGGCAUUUCCGCUUCCGCUGAGGGAAACACCAAGAUCGUUGACAACGAGCCCGUAAUGGAAGUUAGAGGCAGCUACAGUUACACGUCUCCCGAUGGCACCCCCGUCGAGACCACAUACUUUGCCAACGAGGCCGGAUUUGUAGCCCAAGGUAGCCACAUCCCCGUCGCUCCCCCAAUUCCAGAGGCAAUCGCCCGUAGUCUUGCCUACAUCGCAAACAACUACAAGGCCCCCGUAGAGCGCGUCGCAGGCGUCGCCGAACGUGUCUACAGGCCCUAAGCGAUGACUCUCGAUUGAACAACUGACUCGAAUGAACAUACUAAGCCCACGCGAACGAUUGUUGGACUAGCCGAUUUUACCCCCCGUUUUUGUUUUGUUUUUCGUUUAUGUUAAGCGCCGUAAAAUGUAAGAUAAUAACGAGUUGUAAUAAAGUGUGACAUACAA